AUGGCUCUCUCAUACGGUGAUAUCUCUCUCAGAGGCUUGAACUUCGUGUUCCUCGUGAUCGUUCUCGGAUUGACCGGCUCCCUGGCUGCCACAUCCAACCACAACAAUCCACAGGUCAACUUUGCCGUUUUCGCUGCUGCUUUCGGACUUUUGACCUCCACUUUCUACGGAGUGUUGGCAUUCUUUGUGUCCUUCUUGGCUUCUCCUUUGUUCCUUGCCAUCUGGGAUUUCCUCAACUUUGUCUUCACUUUUGCUGGUGCAACCGCUCUUGCCGUUGCCAUCAGAACUCACUCUUGCCACAACCAAUCCUACUUGGAUGGCAACACUGUGACCCAAGGUUCCACUGACAGAUGCAGAAAGGCCCAGGCUUCGGUCGCCUUCCUCUACUUCUCCUUCUUUGUGUUCCUCUUCUCCUUGGUCAUCUCCUCUCUUUCCAUCUUGAAGAACGGUUUCUUGGGAACCGGCUCCUCCAGACCAGCUAGAACCGGUGUGCCAACGUUGUCUCAGGUCUAA